ACUCUGGCGGGCCUUAUGACACUGGAGUCUGCCGCCGCCAACGAGGUGGGUGUGGACUCUGCUUGGCGCGGUGCGGAGGCGUACCACUUCUGGCUGCUGGCACACCGGCAGUUGUACGGCGGCAACGUGGAUCUCGCCAUGCGUACGGCACUGCACCUGCGGGAGUACGAGGAUCUGUUGGAUCCGGUGGAGAUCUACUCCUUCCUGGCGCUAGCAGCCUUUUACAACCAGUUCUUCGGGCAAUGCUCCAAGGCCUUCAUCAAGCUGGAGUCCAUGCCCUCCAUCCCAGCUGACAAGCGCGAGGCCUUCGCCGACCUGGCCAUGUCCAUCUUCCUCAAGCAUCCGCCGGCCGACCCACGGGCCCUUCGGGAGACGCGCACCAAGAAGGGCGGUCCUGGGGGCGGCGUGGGGGGCAGCGCGCUGGAUGCCCUGUUGGAGGACCUGGGGGGAGGAAAGGAGCAGGUAUGUGUGGCCAGCGGCCGCAUUGUGCGCGACGGAAACGUGGUGCGCUGCAAGACCUGCAAGCACCUCUCCAUCACCCACGAGCUUCACGGCAGCUCCGUCUGCCCCCUCUGCCACGGAACCCUGGAGCGGCCCGCAGUGGGCGGCAGGGGGGUGGGAGGCGGCGGUGUGGGGGGCUCGUCGGGCAAGGCGCCGCUCCCCCCCAUGUACGGCGGGUACUAGGCAGGGGCGCGGAUGUGUGCGUGGGUUUGGAUGGAGCAUGGAGGUGAACAGACCGUGUAUGCAGGUAGGAACCGAAUGAGUGGUUCAUCAAGGGAAAGGCGGGGGAAAGGAGCGGAUCGCUUGGGCGUACGUAGGCGUGCUGGAUGGUACAUGAGUUUACAGGACGAGCGGAUGGAAGGUUGCGAGCGAGGUCGUGGCGUUGCGGCUCUUUGGUGUCUCGCACCUGCAUGGGUGAUGCGUGCGUGAAUGCGGUUAGAGGAGGCAGACAGGGGCGGGGAUGUGGGCAGGAUCUAGUCACGCAGGAUCUGCAGUGCCUCUACCGGGGCAGUGGGCUCUGAGUGGGUUUCACGACGACACUAACAUGGGAGUUUCGCACGAGGCUUCCACCGAUUGGCUGACCCGGCAACAUGGGAAAACGUCAUGCAGGCGUGGAUACCGUGCUUUACACCCUUUACUAGCAACCUACGUGACGUUUACGGCGUUUAGAGCACGUGAUGCAGUGGAACGUGCGGCACGUGCCAGGAACAUGGCGUGACAAUGCACGCACCUGCUUGCUGCAAGGCGGUAUGCAUGACUGACAGAUGUACAGAUUGAUAGGACUGGCCUGCGGUGAAUGCGGUGUAGGUUCUUAUGUGGUGGAUAGUGAUCUGAAACGAUGCAGUACUGCAUAUGAUGGUUUCACUUCUGGGAGUCCUGGCAAGUGCCUUUGGCUAGCCUAUGACGAUAAACACAUUACACACGAUGAGCAUACGCCGCGUGGUUGACCUCCGCCUCCGGCUUUUGUAUAUAUGUAACUUAACCCAGUACACUCC